GAUAAUUACACCAAUUGACACAACCAGUUAAAACAGAGCGUCAAUAAUUCAACCCAAGACGGGUCCCUAAUCUAGUAAUUUUUUAUUUGAUACCUUAGUUCCCUCCUUACAUAACCUCAACCAGUGUCAAAAAAUCAAAAUAUAAAUCAUGAGUCCGGAAGCCCCCCCUCGAGACAUCUACAAAGACACCCCAAUCCGAUUAUUGGGCUACGCGAACGAAGUCGGUGAGUCUUUGAGGGGCUUCAUUGGCACAAAAUGGGUCAAUGUCUCGUACGGGGUGGCCACAUUGUACGUAGUUGCUGACACAAUUGACAAAACUGGUAAAUCAUACAUUAACAAUUCAGGAAAGCCAGGUUGUGUCAAGAAGACUGUGUUCGCAGCUACUGAUACUCUAGUUUGGCAAAUGUUGGCCUCAGUCGUCAUUCCAGGAUAUACAAUUAAUCGGGUGUGUGCUCUGAGUGAUUUUGUGUUGACCAAAACGGCCAAAUUACCCACAAAUAGUAGAAAAUUGCUUGUUACAGGAGUUGGUCUAGCAGUCAUUCCUUUUAUCAUUAAACCCAUAGAUAAUUUAGUCCAUUUAAUGCUUGACUCUAGUUUGAGAAAAAUAGCCCCCUAGUUCAGUAGGUCAAUUGUUAAUUAAUUGAUAAAUUUAAAAAAAACUAGUAUUAUUUGUUGCGACGUGUGGUAGCCCUGUCUAGUGACUAGAAAAAAUCAGUGUUGUUAUUGUUGCUGAAUAAAUUAAAAAGUGUUGCAAAAUUC